UAAUGACAAACAAUAGCCCCGAGCUAGAAGAAGGCAUCAUUCUUUUUUUCCCAUUUCACGUGGCCCCAACAUUAGCAUAAGCAUACGAAACUGGCUGAUUUAUGCGUAGUUGCACAACUAACAAACGAUUCAUUUCUCAGUGCGGGUACGAGGGACACGGCCUUCGACAACGUAAACAUUAUUUACAUUAUAAUGAUAACAAUAAUAAUAAUUAUAAUAAAAAUAAAAAUAAUAAUAUUCAAGAAGAAGAAAGAAAAUUACAUUUGGCUCAAACCGAAUCUUAAGAUGCCCAUCACGCAUUCCUUUUAACAACUAGAUUCGUUGAGUGGAUGUUUCGUUUGGUUUCUUGAUUCCAAACAAGUAGAUCGACGGGCAGAUUUAAAACAAUAUGGCAGACCGCUCAAGACGAUUCUUCAUAUCAAAUAGCUUGAACCGAGAGCCGUCUUUAUAUCGAUGCUUCAAUGCCGAAAAUAGCAAUCGACAAUUCUACUCAGGUUAAUCUUUCCCAUGCAAGACGCAGCUUGACAGUCACAUCGAAGGGCAGACGGACAGUCACAUGUCGUUUUCGGUUUCACUUAAAUAUUUAAUUUAGGGCAUAUAAACCCAAAUUUAAACAGACAUAGCCUCUGACAGAUGCACAGGCAUAUAUCUACCUGCCGUACGAGUAUAAAGUCUAGUAUCCGUUUCAUAGAAUAAGAGAAAGCAUCAUCAGCGACGAACAACAGCAAUAACGACAGCAACAAAAAAAGAAAAAAAAAAAAAACAAAAAGAAGAAAAAGAAAAAAGCAAAAGAUUACUUAGUUGCUCAUAAAAUGCCACACUGCCGGGAGGCAGGCAUAAUAGAGGAGGAGGAUAACAGCAUAUCCUCACUGCAAAUGUGAGUGCAUUUAACACUAACACUCACUACCUUUAACUAUGUAACACUUCAGCAAGGAUAAAAUUCGCAUAAGAACAGCAGCAACAACAGCAACAACUGCAAAAAAAGCCAACGAACAGUACCAAACAGAACAAAGCAAAAUAAUGCUGAACAAAAUGAACAUGUCAACUGAAAACUGUAUAGCAGCAACAACAACAACAACAAGAAGAACAACAGCAGCAGCAGCAGCAGGUGCAACCAAACGCAGGCAAUAUACUCGCAACACUGCCGUUGUUGUCGAGUAGAUUAAGAAAAAGAAAGAUCGGGUGCUGGAAGCCCUAGCAGAGUAGAUGGAAGAAAAUUGCAUAGAAAAGGAAAACAACAAGAAAAAAAGCAAAAAAAUUUUUUGUUGCCAACACAACUGUCUUUGGGCGAAUUUUGAAUAACCAAGUAUCCACCUAAAUAGACAGAUAUACGCACAAAUUUACAAACGCAUAUUAAACAAACUCGCACACACACACACCCAUACACACAAACACACAUGCUCUUAAACACUUCAGCUUACUUACUCAAAACAAGAAGGAAAUUGUUGUCUCUGACACUAGAACAAUACAACAAGCUUUACAUGCACAUUACACACGCAUAUAUAUAUAUACAUAUAUAUAUAUAUAUAUAUAUAUACAUGUACGUAUAAACACGCAUAUACAGGCAUGCAAUAAUAACAGCGUACGAACGUAUACUUACUUACUUACUUACUUAUACACAUAUAUAUAUAUAUAUAUAUAUACUUCAGAACAAAUGAUAUGCUACAUAUAGAAAAUGCGAAAUGAAAGUGACGCACAUGGUUUCACGUGAAUAUGAGCCGCAUGAGCAUAACGUGCUAUAGAGAUGAAGCACCACUUGUAUGUUGUAAGUUGUAUACACAUAAGCACGUUAAUGCAUAUGCAUUUCAUUCGGUAGAUAUGCAUAUGUACAUACAAGUGUGUUAAAAGUGUUCUUAUAUAAGAGUUAAACAUAUACCUACCAUUGCAACCAACUACUACUACUUAUAUGUGCAUGUUGGUGUUUGUACGGAAGACAACAACUAGCGAGAGAAAGCAUAAAACCUUCUUCAGGAUUUUCUAAUAAAAAAAAAAAAAAAAAAAAAAAAAAACAUAAAAAUCUCGUAAAUUAUUAAAAUUUAUAUAUACAUGAAGAGUUCGCUUAGAAAGUAAGUGAGAGAGGGGGAUAGAACGAACAAAAUUGCUCCACAUAUAUAGCAUAGAAAAUAAAGACCUCUUCUCUCGUUCCCUCUCUUUCUUACGUCAAGAGACUCUUGUAAAAGUUACCGUUACAAGUGUUUUGUAUGCUGCCGCAAUCAUUGCCUGGAAACAACAAUAACAACAUUAAUAAUAAUAAUAAUAACACGAAGAAGAACAAAAAUAACAACAACAACAACAACAACGAUAAAAAUCUAACUUUAUUUUGUAGCCAUCAUUUGAUGAUUAAUUUCACCAAUAAAGGAAACCUAAGCAAACAUAAGCAUAACUGUGAAAAUUGCUUUUCCAUCAAUAAAGCGGCCGCUUGUUAAAGCAGCCGCUUUAAUAACAAUCAUAAUAAUGAUUAAGUUGCAUCAUAAUGGUAUGCAACGUGUAAUUUUAACGAUAUUGCCUUCUAAACUUAUAACAAUAGCACCAACAAUAACAACAACAACAACAACAAAAACAACAACAAAUCAAAUAUCAUCCUUAAGCAUAAAUACGACAACCGGGCGUAGAAAGUAUAGAAGAAAAGUCGAUUUAAUAGCGGCACCUUCAACUUUGUUGCUAGUGAAAGUGGUAAUGGUACUGCUAUUAAUAACUACAACAUGUAUAGAAAACGGUAGCGUUGUUUCCGCUUCCGGUCUUAACAAUAAAAGCUCUUCUUCUGGCUUUAGCAAUAGCAACAGCAACAGUAACAGCAACAGCAACAACAACAACAACAACAACAAUAAAAACAACCACAAUCUAGGCAAUAAUAACCUAAAUAUAAGAACUUCAGCUUUAUUAUCAGCUGCCACGACUAGCAGUAGUGGCUCAACAUCACUAGCAUCAUCGUCAGCGUCGUCGUCAUCAUCAUCAUCAUCAUCAUUAUUAUCGUUAGUGUCAUCUUCAUCGCUAACAGCGGCGACAUCCGGUGCAGCUGCCCCCGGAUUAACUUCAUCAUCAUCAGCCUCAGUUGUAAAUUCGGUACCAGUAUCGUUAUCGUUAACAGCUGUCAGUAGCAGUUCCAGUUCUAGUUCCUCAUUAUCUUUAUCAUCAUCGUCAUCAACUUCCUCGGCGUCAUUGUCUUCAGCCAAUUCACGCAGCAGUCGUCAAAAUAGUAAUAGCAAUAAUAACAACAACAACAACAAUAAUAGCAAUCAAAAUGACCAAUUACCCGCACAACUUUCAUCGCGCAUUAUACAUACACGCAAUGGUGCUUUAUCAGGUGUAAUUGUACAAUUAGAUGGCCGCCACUUAGAUCCGGUUGAGGCAUAUCGCGGUAUACCGUAUGCCUCACCUCCUGUCGGCAAUUUACGCUUUAUGCCACCGGUUUCGGCAGCCAUGUGGUCAGGUGUUAAGAAAGCAGACAGGUAUGUAUAUGAAUAUAUUUGUUCUACAUGAAUAUAUAUGUAUAUGCGUGUGUUUGAUAUAAGUAUUCUGCCAUUUCUACAUUUUCUCAAAACUGUUAAACCUUAAUUAUAAACGUUUAAGUUGUACAAGAAAGAGAAGAAAUAAGCAAAAAAAAAAAAAAAAAAAAACAGAAAAACAGAAUACAAAGAAUAAAAGGAUUGAAAUCGUGAUUGUGUUGAGUAAAUUCAGUACAAAGUAAUUAACCCAAUAACUAGUGGUAGGAAAAGAAAAAAAAAAAAAA